UCCUGAGGGGGAGGGGUGGGAGGUGUAGGGAUCAGACGGUGGGUACGGUAACUCACCCCUCCCUCUUCCAUCAGCCAGACAGCACGUCUCGAUGGCCAGCUCCAGCGGCUAGUGAGAGCCACCAGGGGCUGGAGUAGCGCCAGCUCGAUGGACUGGAUCCCUCAUUCCAGCUAAAGCAGCUCCAGCAGCGUCCCGAGCUCAUGAUCUAUCUGAAGAUGUCCGGAGUUGGACCUUUAUUCACCAAAGACAUUCCAGGCGAUGGGCUACAGCCGCCCAUCUUUCAGUUGACCCGGGUGAACAGGAGGAGGAGCAGGUUGAAACGUUCCGAUGGAAGCACAUCGUCCGAGACAACUUCCACCAGCUUCAUUCUCCGACAGGGUUCAGCAGAUUCUUGCACUAGCAGACCAUCAGACUCUGAUGUUUCCCUGGAGGAGGAUCGUGAUGGGGUUCGUCGUGAAUCAGAACAACAAGCAGCAGUACAACUCGAAAGAGCCAAGACCAAACCAGUCGCAUUUGCUGUAAGAACAAAUGUCACUUACUGUGGCGCUCUGGAUGAAGAUGUACCAGUUCCAGGAACUGCCAUCUCCUUUGAUGCCAAAGACUUUCUACAUAUUAAAGAAAAAUACAACAAUGACUGGUGGAUAGGGCGACUGGUGAAAGAAGGCUGUGAAAUUGGAUUCAUCCCAAGCCCCCUCAAACUCGAGAACAUUCGAAUACAGCGGGAGCAGAAAUCUCGACAGGGCCGUUUUUACAGUGGGAAGUCCAGUGGGAACUCUUCUUCCAGCCUCGGUGAUAUGGUGUCUGGUACGUGGCGUUCUCCCUCCCCUUCUUCAGCAAAACAGAAGCAAAAAGUGACCGAGCACAUUCCGCCUUAUGAUGUGGUACCAUCCAUGAGACCUGUUGUGUUGGUGGGCCCAUCGUUGAAAGGUUAUGAGGUUACAGACAUGAUGCAGAAAGCUCUCUUUGACUUCCUGAAGCACCGGUUUGAUGGAAGGAUAUCAAUUACACGGGUGACAGCUGACAUAUCCUUGGCCAAACGUUCAGUCCUAACUAAUCCCAGUAAGAGGACAAUAAUGGAGCGUUCCAACACUCGGUCUAGUAUAGCUGAAGUACAGAGUGAAAUUGAAAGGAUCUUCGAAUUGGCCAGAACUUUACAGUUGGUCGUUUUAGAUGCAGACACCAUUAAUCAUCCUGCGCAGCUCAUUAAGACUUCCCUAGCACCAAUCAUUGUUCAUGUCAAAGUUUCUUCUCCAAAGGUGCUGCAGAGGUUAAUAAAAUCCAGGGGAAAGUCGCAGAGUAAAAACCUCAAUGUCCAGUUGGUAGCAGCCGAUAAACUGGCACAGUGCCCUCCAGAAAUGUUUGAUGUUAUCCUGGAUGAAAAUCAGUUGGAGGAUGCAUGUGAGCAUUUGGCAGAAUACCUUGAAACAUACUGGCGUGCGACACACAUUCCCAGCAGUGCACCACUGAAUCCUUUGCUGGGCCGAAACCUAGGUAGUACCGCACUGUCAACAUAUCCUUCAGCUAUCUCUGGGUUGCAGGGCCAGCGGAUGAGCAAGAGCAAUCACUCUGGUGAACACUUACCUGAAAGAACACGCCUGGUGCACUCUGAUGAAAAUGGUCACAAUGACAGGGCACGGAAGAACCGUAACCGUUUGUCUUCAGGUUCCCAGCACAGCCGAGGCCAAUACCCACUCAUGGAGGAGGAAUAUUCUGAUCCCUAUCAGGACACAUACAAAUCAAGAAGGAGCCAUGGAUCACCAGGAGGCCACAGCCACGAUUCUCAGCACAGGCUAUGAAAACUGUUGCUAUUCACUUACAAGAUGCGAAAUAGAGAAGUUUUUUUUUAAAUGAAAAGUAAACCCCUGCCUUGCAACAUGUAACUCGUAAACAGGGAAGUAUCUAGGCAGUAUUUACCAGUUUAUUAUUGAAACAACUCUGUGUGAUUUUGGGAAAAUCUCUUUUCUUUUCCUUUUCCAGCUGGCUUGCUCAUGUGGAACGCACUCUGGUGAAGUGUUUCACAAACACCUUCCUAGAUUUGGAAAUAUAAAGAAUGUGCAAGUAGUCUGAUCUGUGUUACCGUGCGCUUAUGGUCACUGUGCCACUGAUCACACUCGCAACUAUAUAUUUUUAGCACAUAAAAUAACCAUAUAUUAACAUGGCGUUACAGCAGAUACUUUGUUGCAGUGCCAACUUAGCCCUAGAGUGAGUGGGACCUUGAGUCCAGGCAGGUUCCUAGCACUUAACCUGCCAAAAACUUCUCAAUGCAGUGACAAAGCUCCUUUAAUGCAUAAUACUCCACACAAGUUCUUGUUUGCAAUAAAUGGUAUUGCAGUACAAUUCUGCACAACCAUUGUUUCAACAAAUUUUGCUUCAGCGUAUGAUUCCAGAAUUUACAUAGCUCUCCAUUGUGUGUGCAGCACAUUUACUUGCAUGAGACAAACAGCAAGCAAGUAAUCACAAAUUUACAGGCAAAAUAUUAUUUAAACUUAACAAAUUUAACUUUUAUGCAUUUGAUAUGUGCAUAUAGUUUUUGAAAGAUAUUAUUUAUAAAGAAUGAAUUCAGGCCGUUCAUUAUCUUGCUAACAUUAAUUCCUAUAAUUUUCAUGUCUAGAGAAGUCAAUGCCAUUAGUUAGCAGAAGCAUUUGUCCACCAAAUUCUAUUAAAGUUACAAUCUCUUACCCGGACACCUUGUAUAGUAGUGUCCAUUUAUUUAUCCCUCAAUUUUUGAAGAAAAUUCAAGCUUGGACAAUAACAUGACAAUUAACCUUCAAAAUACUUUAAGUAACAGAAUUCAAUUUAACACUAGUAAAGGUCUUUUGGAAAUACUUUGGAACAGUAAUUGAGCAACAGACAGGUUUUAUUGCAGAAUUCAAAAUUGGCAUUAGUCUGGUUUAUUAACCUCUGGGAAUACCUUCCCUUUAAAUUGCUUCAGAUUGUGCAGAAGCUUUGGCUUUUGUUAUCCUGGCUAAUUAAUAGUAAGUUGUAUAUAUAGUGAGCCUUGUCACACUUUGCCAAGCAAACAUUGCAUAGUUUGUCAUUCGCUUUAUUCUUCUCUAUUUGAUUAUGUAAAGUGAUUGCUCUCGGUUAUCUUUUCGGGAAUCUGGAAUCUCCUCUUUACAUCUGAAUGUAUAUGGUAGCAAAGCAAACAACAAGUUAACUCCCUUCUAACACAAGAUUUACACAGCAUGGCCAGCUAGAACUGGGUUAGAAGGCAGCGAGAGUAUUGGGUGUGGGAAGGGAGAAAGGGAGAAAACAUCGUGAAAAAGUUUAUUUGACAGUUUGUGCUCCUGAGAUGCUGCUUGGCCUGCUGUGUUCAUCCAGCCUCACAUUUCAUUAUCUUGGAAUUCUCCAGCAUCUGCAGUUCCCAUUAUCUCUUAUUUGACAGUGUGUUUGGUUUAUGGUACAGCUGAGGGAAAUACGCAACUUCAGGACAUCCCCAAAAGCUUUGUGGCCAACUUAAGUAUGCUUUUGUCUUCAUGGGUCAUCGUAUAAAAUGCAGCAGCUAAAUUGCACACUACAAGCUCCAGCCAAGAAAUGUGUGACAGUUAUCUUAGUGAUCAGGCUUGAUGGGAAAAUAUUAGCCAAGGCACUGGGGGAGAAUUUCCCUGUUAUUUCUUUGAAAUAACACCUUGGGAACAUGAACAUUGGUUUAACGUAUUACUGAUGCUACACUGCCCUAGAAAGUCAUUGUAGAUUUUGUGUUCAAGAUGCUGGAAUGGGACUUCAACCACAGUUUUCUUGAGUCAGAUGUGAGAGUGCUGGUACUUUAUAAUUAACCUGUUCAGAGAUACUAUAACAUUCCUCUGGAGCAUGUGGGACUUGAACCCAGGCUUCCUGGAUCAGGGUAAAGGACACUACUGCUGUGGUGUUAGGACCCUAGGGGUGAGACCUCUGUCCAUUGAGUAUAAUUGUGGGAAGAUGCUGAGGGAAGGGCGUUGGUUGGUGAGUGACUGGGAUUAUAUUCUAACACAUCAGUUGAUGGUUUAGGUUUUCUGCCAUUAAUUGAUCUUGCUUACGGGAGAAAUAAUGGUGAGUGCUUCUGAGAACUAACAGCUUUUCAUAUUCUUUGCAUAACCUGAACUACAAGAUGUGGAGAGGUUUAAGUAAAGACAAAAGAGGCUAUUCUGCUAAAAUCUCUUUUUAAAAAGAAAUCCAAAUUUCCAGAUAAUGGCUGUAAAGAAUGUCAUGAUGAAUAUUCACAUUUUGAAACAUUUGCCGUAACAAAUGGUUUUAAAAAAAUUGAAUAAACACUUUUUUUCUUCUUUUGUCGGCAAGUUGCCCUCUCAAACAUAGAAAGGAAUAUGCGCCUUGCAACAUAUUUCACACUCCAUGGAAUUAGAGUCCUUAUAGUAGCAGUCAAAUGAACAAUCAUGCCCCAAGCAUCCGAUACUUGAAAUUCCAAGUUAACUUAGAUAAUCACAGGAUGUUUCACAGUACUGCACAACCCCAGAUCAAUGCUGCCUCAAGAAGAGAUAAUUGGUAUACCAUUGGAAACCGAAAAGUUUAAUUUGCUUUUAAAACUUGUUCACUGACAGAUUCUCACUAUUUCCUGCCUUCCUGUCUUCAACCACUCCCUUCGCUGCAUUUCCCUACUGUCCCCAUUGCCCUUUGUUCUCUUGCUGCUUCCGUCACAUUUUCAUUAAUCUCUUCUGCAUUCUGCAUGGUCCCUUGCUGCUGGGUGGCUUCCAGAACAGAAUACAGCAGAUGAAACAAGGGGAAUAGGGAGAGUGACAGGAGAGGUGAGGAGAACGGCAGAGGGAAUGGAACGAGUAUCAUUAUGAAUCUAGAAGAACUAGGAGGGGAAUGGGGAGAGUGAGUGGAAGAGGGUAGUUGUGGGGGUGUGGGGAAAAGAAGGAAGGGAAGGGGAACAGAGGGAGGAAUGGCAGGGCAAUGGGAGGAGAAUGGGCUGAGUGAUAAGAGGAACAGGGAGAGGGGCGGGAGGAGGUAAGGGAAAUGGAGACAGUAGCAUCUCAGCUUUCAGGAUGAAAUAAGUGCUUGAAGAAAGAGUAUGUGCCACUGGUUAGCGUAGGAGCUGACAUCCAGAUUUCCAUUUCCCAUUUGUUAGUGUCAGGAGGUAGUAUAUAAUUAACAGGUAAUUUUGACACCACUUCUUUAAUAACAGAGCGGUUCAAUAAAACAUAGUUUAAAUUCACUGUACACAAUGGGAUUGGCAGGCAAUUUUCAUCAAUAACCUAUGUCAAUACAUUCCUAUCUAGUGAACUCUCAGGAAGGUUCAUAUCUUCUGCGAACAUCAGGCCUUAAGCCAAAUCUGUCUCUCUUUUUUGUAUUCACUCACGAGGUGUGGGCAUCUCUGGCUAGCCCAGCAUUUAUUGCUCACCCCUAGUUGCCCAGAGGGCAGUUAAGAGUCAACCACAUUGCUGUGGAUCUGAAGUCACAUGUCAGGCAGAACAGGUAAGGAUGGCAGUUUCCUUUCCUAAAGACAGUAGUGAACCAGAUCGGUUUUUCCAACAAUGGACAAUGGCUUUGAAAGUGGAGUUGCAGACAGAAGGGUGCUGAAGAUGAUGUUUGGCACACUUGCCUUCAUUGGUCAGAACACUGAGCAGAGGAUUUCAGACACCAUGUUGCAGCUGUACAUGACAUCGGUGAUGCCCCUUUUAGAAUACUGCAUAUAAUUCUGGUUGCCUUUCUAUAAGAGGGAUGCUUUUAAACUUGAGAGGGUGCAGAAAAGAUUUACAAGGAUGUUUCCAGGAUUAGACGGCUUUAGUUAUGGGGAGAGGCUGAAUGGGCUGGGGCUUUUUUCCCUGGAGUGUUGGCGGCUGAGGAGUGCCUUACAGAGGUUUAUAAAAUCAUGGCAUGAUAAAGGUGUUUUCUCCACGGUAGGGGAGUCCAAAACCAGGGGGCAUAGGUUUAAGGUGAGAGGGGAAAGAUUUAAAAGAGACCUGAGGGACUACUUUUUCAUAUAGAGGAUAUUGCAUGUAUGAAAUGAACUGCCAGAGGAAGUGGUGGAGGCUGGUACAAUUACAACAUUUAAAAGGUUCUUGGAUGGGUACAUGAAUAGGAAGGGUUUAGAGGGAUAUGGGCCACAUGCUGGCAAAUGGAACUAGGUUAGUAAGAUUUUGGAGUAGAUCUGCAGCUCGGGUUGUGGGUGUUGAGGUUAGUUGGCUCACCGAGCUGGUUUGUUGUUCCGCAGACGUUAAGCAUGGUAACGAAACAAACCAGCUUGGUGAGCCAACCAACCUCAAGCAACUAUGUCAGAUUGGGAUGUCUGGUCGGCUCAGUCGAGUUGGACCGAAUAAGCUGCUUCCAUGCUGUAUGACUGUGAUUCCUUCUAAGUUCUUCCAUGAACAACUUCUGUCUAAGUUUUCCUAAAUCCUUCUCCAACAAUGUCCAUCAAACCAUCAAUCAAGCAACAUUUAUUUCUGUCUAGAAAAUGCCACAGAAUUAUAUUUUUGUCUCUUCCUCAGUUCAUAAGCUCCUACAACUGAUAUGCAUCAAGCACAGCAGUAUUCAAAGCGCCAUAAUCUGUAGACUAUUCCUCAGAAAAAAAGUCACAAAAUUCCCCAUUGCUUUUUCUACCAAAACAUUUUGUAAUCGGCUUGUCCAGGUUUCUUGUGGCAGCUAUAAAAAUGUAUUUCAACUCCUUCGUCGAGAAAUUAAAGAUUCCUUUCCAAAGCAAAACGAGAAAUUAAUCUCACACUUUCUCAAACCUAUCUGUUACUCCCCAAAAAAGAAAUGGAAGCUUUUCUGUAUCCAAUUUAUAGUUGCUGCCUUCUCUUUCCCUUAGAAAUUAAUCUCAUUCCCUUUCUCUUGCUCUUUGAAAUCCUGAUUUAAGUUCUUGCUUUCCCUUCACUUUUCACUUUCUUUCUCUUUUGCGUUCAACUUUUUCCUUUACCUCUCUUUCUUUUGAGUUUAAUUUUUUCAUGUCUCCUUUUCCUCUCUUUUGAUUUCAAGAGUUGCUUUAUUUGUAACUGAAUCCCAGUGGACUGUCUACACUUUGUUUCUCUCUGUGUCUUCAGGCACCAUGACCUGAAAGAGAAUUGGCAAACAUGGACAUCUGUGUUGGUCCACGAUAAUGCACAGCACGUUAGUGCAAUGAUUUACCGUUGCCUUCAGCAGAUAGAGACCUGUGUUCAAAUUCUGUCAGGACAGUUGGUGAAAGUUGAAUUCAGUUUUUUUCAGAAAUUCUGGAAUCAAAAGCUAGCCUAAUGGCAACUGAGCAACCAUUGUGAAUUGUCAUAAAAUUCCAUCUGGUUCACUUGUGAGCUUUAAAGGAAAGAAAUAUGUGGCCCUUACCUGGUCCAGCCUACAUGUGGCUUCAGACCUACAGCAAUGUGGGUUACUCUUAAUUGCUCUCUAAAAUGUUCUUAGCAUUAUGGUACAAUUAGGGAUGGGCAAUACCCAGAAAUGUCCACAUCCCACACAUGACUUCUUGAAAAAAUUCUAGGGUGAACAAGGGUUUAUUUGACUAGUUUCUAUGAUGUUCAAAGGAGUUCUGCUUUUCAAGUAUUAAUUCUGUGUUGAAUUAAUGAAUCAUCUCAAUGAACCCAUUUUCUUAUUUAUCAAAAAAAAUUCUGAAUGGGUUAUUUUACACUGUUCAGAGUGUCUUCCCAGGUUGGGGAAGCACUGUUUAUUCAGAUUUUGCAUUUGGCAAAGAACUAAAAGGACAAGAGUUUCGAACCUGGAGUACAGAUUAAUCAAAUGCUACUACUACUUAAAAUAUAUUUGACACUUUACACUUGUGAUCGAGUAAUUUCUUAAAAUGAAGUCCAGAUUGAGGAUGAAUUCUGAGUUUAGGGUCAAUUGGACUCAGAUUAAAAUACAACACAAUAUUGUACUGAAAGGUACGCACAGAAAGAUCAAUAAACAUCAGCAAUUUUAUUAACUAGUGCAUUGGAAUUCCAUCAAUGCUUUAGCAAACAAGAAUAGCUAAAUGGAAAGAUCCAGAAUUUGAAGCAUUCAGCAAAUAUUUUUUAAUCAGCUGGCAGUCAUUUAGAAAUGUAGUGACAUGGAAGGAAAAUAGGCUUCUCAUGUCAUCUCAGCGACCUUAAUCUGCAUUUCCUUGCUUAUAAUGUUUAUAGAUCAUUUUCACCUCCUCAGCUUGUUGCCAAGCCUGUAGCCCUGCAUUUCCUGCUGCGUAACUCAUUUCUGUAUCUUGUUUCCCACUGCUUCAUUUGACUCAUCAUUUCUCAAACUAAAUGGAAAUCUUUACUAGUAGAAACUAGUAACUCGUAAACGUGAGGAGUUUGAUCCAUAUUACAUUUAGCUUGUGCUUUCCUUAGCAAAAAGUCAUGAACUAAGGCUUUCCAUUCCUGUGUUCACACAAUAAAAUUAAGAUUGAUGCUCCUCAAUAUUUCAAAUGUGUCUCAUAUUUUCUUUUCCAUUGAGACCAUUUGAGCUUCUUCAGUAUUUCUACAUUGUUCCGUAAUCUAAAUGCCAUUAUAUUUUUUUAAAAGCAGUGAUCAGAAUAAGGUAUAAUAUUCCUUACGGUCCGGGCAGUAUUUUUAAUACAUUAUUGGCAUUUAAUUUAGGCUUAUGCUAAAUUGGUCUGCUAACAUGGGCAUUAAUGUGUCAGUUUGGCAGUCAUAAUACAUUGUGAUAGCAUUUGCAAAACUUUAUCAUUUCUCACAUCUAAAUCUUCUUUGUUUGCCAUUUUAAAAAUGUACUGUUCUUGGAGUAAUAGAGAUCCACAGCAUAGAAAAGAGGUCCUUUGGACCAUAACAUCUGCGCCAGUCAAAAUCAUGCUCUUAACUAUUAUAAUCCAGUGCAUGGCCUAUAACCUUGUAUGCCUUGGCAUUGCAACUGUAAAUAAUACAUCAAUGUCUACAUACUACUUAAAUUUUAUGAGAGUUUCUGCCUCUGUCGCACCUAUAGGCAGUCAGUUUCAGAUCCCCACCACCCUCUGAGGGUAAAAAUGUUUCCUCAUGUCUCCUCUAAAUUCUCAGCCCCUUGCCUUAAAUCUAUGUCGCCUGGUCACUGAUCCUGACUACACUGUCUAUUUCCCCAUAACUUUAUAUAUCUCAAUUAUGUCCCCUCUCAAGCUCCUCUGCUCCAAGGAAAACAAUACCAGUCUGUCCAAUCUCUGUUCAUAAUUGAAACCCACCAGCUCAGGCCACAUCCUGGUUAAUCUCCUCUGCAUCAUCUCCAGUACUGUUACAUCCCUUCUAUAAUGUGGAUUCUAGAACUGCACACAGUAUCUAGUUAUAGCCUAACUAAUGUUUUAUGCAGUUCCAGCAUAACCUUGCCACCGAGUUUCGAGAAGAUUUGUAGCUCAGGUUGAGGUUCUGGAUGCAAGUUUGCUCGCUGAGCUGGAAGGUUCGUUUUCAGACGUUUCGUCACCAUUCUAGGUAACAUCAUCAGUGAGCCUUCAGUGAAGCGUUGGUGCUAUGUUCCGCUUUCUAUUUAUGUGUUUAUGUUUCCUUGGCACUCUUAAACUCUAUGCCUCAUCUAAAAAAAGGCAGUUAUACCAUGCAAGAUAAAAAAGUGCGGAGAUGGAUGAACACAGCAGGCCAAGCAGCAUCUUAGGAGCACAAAAGCUGAUGUUUCGGGCCUAGAAGGGUCUCGGCCUGAAACAUCAGCUUUUGUGCUCCUAAGAUGCUGCUUGGCCUGCUGUGUUGAUCCAGCUCCACACUUUGUUAUCUCGGAUUCUCCAGCAUCUGCAGUUCCCAUUAUCUCAGUUAUACCAUGUGGCUUCUUAACCACUUUAUCCAGUUGUCCUGUUAACCUUAAGGACCAGUGGACAUGCACACCAAGGUCCCUCUGAUCAUGCAUCAAAGUGUAAGUUUUCCAAUAUGAAAUUACAUUGGAUGUUGAUCAAAUAAGUUAAGUCAGGUACAUGUUGCUAUAGGAAAGAAUUUUUGGAGUAAUUCAUCAAUCUCAAUGACCCAGCAGAAAAUCUGUGCUUGUUGGAGCUCAGGUUACAGAUGAGGCUACAACAGGAUACUCUCAGUCCUCUGAACCAUAUCUGAUGACAUAGCCCACAGCCAAGAGGGUAGGAUUUUGAAUUCUUAUUUGAAUUAGGAUUCUUAUUUCUAUUAAAUUAUGACACCUAAUAACACCAAUAGUGGCAGUUUGCAAUUGCAGAGUAUCUUCAGUGCAAAGAAUCAUCAUAAGUUGCUCCAGAAACAUAAGGAAACCCAGGUAUCAGAAAAAGUGGCGAACAGGAUUAUCAAAAAAAUGGACUCUUAGGAAGGUCUUGAAAGAGAUGUUUGCCGAGAGUUUUGAGAAGCAUUCAAAGAAUGGACAACUGAGAAUAUAUCUAGGCAACAGCAAAGUUGUCUGCCUUUGACACAACAAUAAUUUUAUAUUUCCAGAUGUUUUAAAAUGCAAAAUAUUAGUCAAUAAUUCAUUUGUAGAGACCUUGAGUGUUGCUAAAAAUAGGCUCAUUUUGUUGAAAUUUUUUGUCUUGCACUCGUCAGGAAUUCACAAGAACUACCAUUCUAAAGGGAGAACAAAUCUAACAUUGUUCAAGAGGAGAAUGCUGACUGUUUGGCAAAUGGACUCUGAUUGGUAGAGUUUUUUUCCGUGGCGAAUGCAUCAGUUAUAUGAAGAUUGACAGUUAACUGUAUGCAUUGUUUAGAUUUUAAACCAGGCAGGGUGACUGUAAUUGAUUGAGGCACUGCCCUGAAAAAUUCACCAGAGAAUGGUUGUCAUUUAUUUUGUUGAGUUGAAACAGGCACAGUAGGUGCAUGAUUUCACACAUGGUUUACUGGAAGCUAUAUAUAUUAACGCACAAGCCCCUGUUCUUUGCAGACUGAAAGAACAUGUACUCAUCCUACAUCUGUUUCAAUACACCUUUUUAUGGAAAAAUGCUUCACCAUUUCACUCUAAACUGGCUGCAUUGUAAUUUUUAAAUUAUAACAGCUAGCAUUUACAAAAUUCAAGCCGUUAGGAGAUUAUUUACCAGGGAUUUGUGAACCAAAAUAUAACAUGUAAGGAACAUUAGAAACAUAGGAAGAGGAGCAGGCCAUUCAAAAUAUCAACCCUGUUCCAUAAUUCUGUAUGAUCAUAAAUGAUAAUCCAUUUCAUUGCUGUUUUCCCACACUAUCCCCAUAGUUCUCAUUGUCAUUGGUAGUUAAAAAUCGUUCAAUUUCUACACAUACUCAUUGACCCAGCUUCCACAAGCCUCCAGGGUAAAGAAUUAUAAAGAUUCAUAACCCUCUAAAGAAAACAAAUUCACUGCAGUUUGGUUCGAAGUGAUUUCCCAUUUAUUUUGAAAUUAUGCCCUUUAGUUCUAGGCUUCCCAAUCAGGAUAAAUAUCACAUGCACUCACCCAGUUGAUCUCUUUCAGUAUUUAGCAAGUUUCAAAAAGCUCACCGCUCACUCUUCAAAACACUACUGAACACAGGCCCAAUUUUCCCAAUCACUCUUCAUUGUACAGUCCUAACAUCCUGGGAACAAAUGUGAUGAACCGUUGUUACGUUCAUGUUAAGGCAAUAAUAUUGGACCAAAACUGCACACAGUACUCCAAGUGCAGUCUAACCAAGAUUCUAUAUGAUUGAAGCAAGACUUCUCUAUACCUGCACUCCUAUUGCAAUAAAGGACUGAACAUUCCUUUAAUGUUCCAGGUUGUUUGCUGCUCCUGCAUGUCAGCCCUUCAGUGUUUUAUUGACGAAUAUAUGCACACUUUUUAACCCUUUAUCACUUAAGAAGUGCUCUGAGCAUUGACCAAAGUCAAGAAUCACACAUUUUUCUGCAUUAUAUUCCAUCUGCCAAGUUUUUGCCCACUCACUAAGUCUGUCAAAAUCCGCUUGAAACAAUGUUUUUGGAAAUAUUACAUUUUGUCCCCAGGUCCAGGUCAUUGAUAUAUAUUGUGAACAGCUGGGUUCCAAAUAUUGAUCCUUGCAGUAUCGCAGUAGUCACUACUUGCCAAUGAGAGAAUGACCAGUUAUUCCUACUCUCUGUUUUCUAUCUGUUAGCCAAUCCUUAAACCAAAUGGGCACAUUAUUUCCAAUCUGUGUGUUUUAAUUUUACUAAUCAAUCUCCUGUGUUGCCUUUUCAAUAGCUUUCUGGAAAUCAGUUCAAUUAAUAACAUCCUUAAAAAAAGAACUCUGACAGGUUCAUCAGACUUGAUUUCUCUUUCACAAAUCUAUGUUGAGUAUGUCAAAUCAAAUCGUUAUUCUUCAAAUGUCCACUUACCAUGAUGUUUGGAAAGGUUCUGUUGCUUUCCUGCUCCUGAUAUAACAACCAUGGUUCCCCAUUAACUCUCUCCCAACCUUUAUAACCAGUGGGCGGGCAGCUUUGAUCGUUCAAACUGCAGGAAUUAUUCCAGAAUCUGUAGAGCUUUGGAAGAUGUAUCGAUGUAUCACCUAUCUACAGGUCAUCUAACCAAGUGCCUGGUUAAAUGGGGAGCUUUGAAGGAAUGUCUUCAUGGAGGAAAGCAAGGUAGAGAGGCAGAGCGAUUCAGGGAAGGAAUUGAACCCAGGCAGAUGAAGGCACUAUUAUUGGUGGUGGAGUGAUUAAAAUGGAGGCUAGAAUCCAAGGAACUACCAUCUCUUGAACCAUGUUCAUCCAACCGAGGAAUUAGUUUCUGUGCCUAUCCUAUCUCCUUAGUUCUUUGAACACCUUAAUUAUAUUAUUUCGCAAUCGACUAAACAACUAAGGAAUACAAAUUACAUUUAUACUGCACGUUCAAAAGAUACACGCUGUGGAGGGCCAUAGCAUUUGGAGAAACCUGUAUUUCUGGGAUUUCUGUCUGAAACUUUACAACAAUCUGAUGCCUAUAUGUCCCUGUUAAAUCUAAACCAAGUCAAUGGAGAGAAGGAUUUAAAAUUAUGGAUUAUAAUCUGGAAUGAAACAAAUUUGUGCAAGGAAAAUGCCAGCUUUGAAGCCUUGUUAACAAAGGUUACUUUUCUCUCUGUCUCCUAAUUUUAGUGAAAAUGUCUGCACUAAAAAUAGUGAAUGGAGGAAAAUAUACCUCUAUAAGUCUUCCUUUACUCAUGCCAAUUGAUUGCAGCUUAUCUACCCUUGGAAAUAUACUUUGCACCUUAAUAGAGCCUUUUCUUUGACGUGAACAUACUUGACAUGUUGUAUUUUUUGCAAGUGACUAUUUUAACAAUGGCUUGUUAAUUGCGACACUUCUAUUUAAAAAGAACUGCUGCAUGAUCUAGCAUGUCAUAGCAUAUGAAGAAACAUAUCACAAUAUUCCUUGUAUAUUUGUGAACUGUUACUGAACAGUACUAUCAGUCUUAGAUUGGUGACUAGCUGGAUUUCUGUACUAGACGGGUUACAGCAACAUCAACCUUUAGUUUUAUUUUUAACAUUGAACAAGUUAAAUAGUAAUCAUUAAAAGUUGUGACUGCAUGAUAUCUGUGUACAUGCUUAUCAAUCAAAUUAAAACAAUCUGCCAGUAUUCUAAUGACAAAAAAAUCUAAUAUUUAGUCCUUAUGUACACUGAGGUAGAAACUGGUCCAAUUUGCAGCUGUUUUCUGGUAGGAUAGCAUGCGGCAAAAAUACUAAUUUCAUGGGGCUAUGUCCUGCAGCCAAAAGAUGCCUGAAAAGUGUCCCACCCUGUGUUGUUUGGAGUGAUUUCAUAGGCAUCUCUGGUGACCACUGAAAACAUCUGUUUGACCCUUUGCAUAUUUUAAUAAAGGGUUUAUUGCUGGUUGAAGACAACGCUGUCAAAUUGAGCUGACCAAACUUUCCAGGUACAGUUGCAUGACAGAUGCCAGAAGCUCAUACAAAUUGUUGAAAUGAGGCUCAAAGAUCUGUUUCAGGGACGUGGAAAAAUGCCAUAACUGAUAUUUACCCAGUUUCCUUUCUACACGAUAUCUGGUGCUAGGUUUAGCCAACUUCUGCUGGUGCAUCAUCAGCUGGUAGCUGUUGUAGUUAAGAGCUUCUAAAAUUUGUGAGUGAUGAACCUUGUCCUGUUAAUCAUAAAUUCUUGCUGAGUAUUCACACGGAGUCUUGGUUCCUUUUCAUCUUACAGAGCUGUGCCUUCGGGGGCAUCCUGUAGUAUAAAUAUGGUAACACAAGUACCUCCAUAGACAUGGAAUACCAUUUUAAGAGGUAGUUUGGUCUUUCUGCCUCUGAGAGCAAAGUACACCAAUGUCACUUUCCUCUUACAUUCAAAUUUUAUCCUGGAAAUGGAUAGGCUUCUAGACUCAGUUGAUAUAAACCAACCAAGCUAUCAGUUUGCCCACAUGCAUCAGAAAUAUGAUUUUUGACAAUGGUGGCCAACAGGACUGUU